UCCCUCUCUCCAUCUCUCCCCGUCUCGCCCGGCUCUCUCUCACCCCCCCACCACCACCAGCAGCAGCUCUCCCAGCUCACGCCUCUUCUCUCUCUCAUUCUGUGUUCUCCCUGCCUCUCGUGCCCACACGUGCUGCUGCUGCUGCUGCGCCUGCUGCUGACGGGUCAUCCUCAUCGUCGUGCUGCUGCUGCUGCUGGUGUUUUUGUCGCCGCCGACGCCACCGCUACUGACGGGCACGAUGUCUCAUCCGGAGAAACGGACUGCGGGAAGGUUCUAAGAUCUCGGGAGAGGCGUCGAGCGCUGGCAACGCGUGCGCUCCCGGGCUAAAUAGCAGCAGCGGUAGCAGCGGCGUUGAUUGUUAGCGGGGUGGGAGCAGGCGGGGAGGUCUGCAUGCAUGGUCGGGGUUGCCUGCCCUUGCUAUCCGACGAGCGUGCGUCGGGGUGGUGGUGGGGACCACCCAAACUGUCGCAAGGUUCGGAGUUAACCGAACCCGCCUCCGAAACACAUCUCGUUGUUAUCGGCCUUGAUCUCGCAUCAGCUCGGGACGACUCUCGACCGGCCAUACCUUCCACCUUGCCGUCUCUUCUCUGGCUGGGAUCGUCUCCAUCGCCUCGUCCGCUUCUCUGCAGCUGCCUCGAAACGGCCUCCUCCGUCUGCACCUCCUCAUCCUCCCUACCCGGGCCCCUCAAUAACCCGGCGGGUGUCGGCUCCCCACCAUGCCCCCAAGCCCUGCCUGCCCGACCCUGCCUGGACCCGGCAGCAGCGGCGGCGGCACUCAGGACCCCCAUGGGCCAGAUCCCCAACAUCACCUCCACCACCAUCACCAUCUUCACAGCCAUCACCUCCACGCCACCGGCACCGUGCUGCCCAGUGGCACCCGGGUGGAGACGAGUAGCCUGGCAUGGGUGCGGGAGCAGCGCUCCAGGGCUCGGCUCAUGCUCAUCCUCGGAGUGGCUCAGAUGGUCCUCGGGGCUCUCAUUGUUACCGUGAGCUUCGCUGCCUUGGCCCUCACCAGCUCGGCCCGCAUCCGCCACUCGUGCCCUUUCUGGGCUGGCUUCUCGGUGCUGCUGUCUGGUCUCAUAGGAGUCAUAUCUUGGAAGCGGCCAAUCUCUCUCGUGGUGACGUUCUUCACGCUGCUGUCCGGCGUGUGCGUCAUGCUCAACCUGGCGGGCUCCAUCCUGUCGUGCCAGAAUGCGCAGCUCGUCAACUCGCUCACGCACUGCCAGCUGGUAAAGCCGGGAGAUGACGGCGUGUGCGUCUGCUGCGAGCGGCAGCAGACCGGCGGCUGCACCAACCUGGGCGAGACGGUGCGCCUCAACCCCCUCCAGGACUGCAGCACCAUCCGCCUGGCUCUCAAGGAUCUCCUGUUCAGCGUGUGCGCCCUCACCAUCCUGGCCACCAUCGUGUGUGCGCUGGCCACCGCCAUGCGCUGCGUGCAGAUCAUCACCGCCGACGUCAUACACAUGUUUGUACCACAGCGGUCUUCACACGUCCAGCAUGACUGCUUGAACACCCACAACUCGUUGGUGCACCAGACGGUGGACUUUGAGGAGUUUGUGCCACCCAUCCCUCCUCCGCCUUACUACCCUCCCGAGUACACCUACACGCCCGUGAUGGACGCGAAUCGAACGUCGCGGCUGCACCUGAUCCACUGUCCCUAUGACAUCUGCGUGCCACGGGUCGGGUGCGAGGCCGUGUACCCCGGGGAGCUGCCGCCCCCAUACGAGGCCGUCGUCGCCCAGACCCGUACCACCCAGGUGACAGGUCGUUUUCUCACCCUUGAGCAGCCGGAUGUGAUCCAUCAAGCGGCCGUUCUCACGCAAGGCCUGGAGCCGGGCACGGGGGAGCCGGGCACCCAGGCGCGCAGAUUCUCAAGCGACGGAAACGUGGUUGGCAACGUUGCGGAGAGGCGGCUCUCGGAAGACUCGAGCGCGCUCAGCGGCCGAUCCCUCGUUCACUUGCGGGACGUCCCGAUGUACGGUGCGCUGCACGGCACGGCGCCGGAUACCAUCGCGUCCAGCCUCGAGGACACCGGCGGCGGGGGUGGCGGCGGGGGCGGCGGCGGGGGCGGCGGCGGCAGUGGAGGCCCCUCUGAGCCGGCACGGCAGAGGCCUCAUGGGCGCGGCCGACCUCAGAGCCAGGAGAGCGGCCUGGUUCUGGCUCGCCACGCCACUGGCAGGCACUUUGGAUCUCGGCGUAGCCAGGCCCGCAGGGCGGCCAUCAGUCACCACGUGGAGGUGAUCUCCAUCUCGCAGCCGGUGCAGGAAGGGAAACGCGCCGGCAAAAUGGACGCAGUGGACGACGCUCAGAACUGGAGGCCCACCAAACGCCACAGCGGGCUCAUAGGGCAGAGCGUGAGCGUCGGGAACGCCGGGCAAACCCGGGACGCGAGGGCAGCGGUGACGUGCGUCAGAUUGCCACCUGCGGCUCAGACUCACAGCGUCGAGGGCGACGUUCAAGCGCUACAAACCCUCAACGGAACAUCGCACGGUGAGGGCGAGAGGCGUGCUGCAUCCAGUGAAACCAAUGUCGCCGGCACGGAGCACGAGAUACGGGACGUUACAUUUGUGGAGGAAGUGGUGGACGGUACCGACACGAGACAACCGCAGCGCUGUGGUACGGAAGAGCAAACCCCGAACGCCACGGCCGACGAGCACGACGACGACGUGGAUUUUCCCGGACAGAACUUUCGCCUCGGGGGCCCGUGCCCCGCGCAGGGGAGACAGGCCCUCGCCGUGGACACUGGCGUCGCGGAGCGAGCCGCGCGCGUCGAGGGUGGCGGGAGCCCGUGCCGCGAUGCUUCGGUGUCAGUGGAAGUGCACGCGAGAGGGAGACACGGAGGAGGUGGAGGAUGUGCCGUCGCCGCCGGCGUCCCGCCGUCUCUGCCCGCCGUCCCGCGACCGAGCUCACCGGACAGCAGCCCCCCGAGCGGCAGUGGCGGCGGUGGCGGUGCGGACGCGCGGAAGGGCGCGGGGUCGACGCCGGCGCCGGCGCAGCGCAGCAAGCGGGCCACGGCGCGCGGCGAGCGCGGUCACGCCAAGCGGCGGAGACGGAGCGGCGGUAGAGCGCAGCCGACGUCCAGGAACGCCGAGUUCCAGCCCGACUCCGACAGAGGUGGCCAGUUGAGCUCCGACUCGCUAUCCCCUAACGUGGACGGAGAAGAGAGACUCUGCUGCGACGCGCUUGACGACAUCCGCCCGUCCGAGCCGGAAGUCCGGAACGCCGGCACGGGCUCUGCACAGUCCUCUCGAACGAGUCCAAUGCCGGAGGCUCUCAGGGAGCGGCCUCGCUCGCUCGUGGACCUGAAAACCUACGAGGACACCAAGAUCCUCGUGUCUCGCUUCCUCGAGAGCUCCAGCGGUGACCUGCCGCCCGACGUACGUCACGUGGUCAACGACAUCAAGUCCGUGAUCGCGUCGGACGAGAGGCACAUGGAGGAGGCGAUCCUCAGCGCCAGCGUCCUCGAUCAGGUGAUGGCCCAGACGCAGUCGGUGCGCACGAGCCCCCUGUCCCCACCGCGGGACGGUCGGGCUGGCGCCACGUCUCCCCGGAGCUGCGGGGACCUUAGCGAGCCGGGCCUCGAGGGCCGGCGGCAGCCGUCGGACGAGCAGAGCCGGCCACACAGCCACGUGGGCGUCCUUCGGGAAACCGUCCUGUAGCCGCCCCUCGCCUGCCUUGCUCUCCUCCUCCUCCUUAGCCCUCCCCCACCUCGCCUGCCCUCCAAUCAUCUCUCGUCUCCUCGCCUCUCCUGCCCUUCCCUGCUCUCACAUCCCCUCGCGUCCCAUCUCAUUCCACCCCCUUGUCUCGCCUCCAAUCCCCUCGCCUGCCCUUCUCUCCCUUGCCCAAACCCUGCUCUGUCCUUCCCUUCGCAUCCCAUCCCACCUCUUCCCCUCGCCCCUCAGCCCCUCCGCUCCCAGCCCCUCGCCCGUGCCCGUUGCCUUGCCAUGUCUCGGCACAGCUGCCUACUCGAGAAGCGACCGGUGGCUUUGUUGUCUUGCCAUGACUUUUGCGGUGCAGUGCACUGUUGUUGUUGUUUGUGGUAAAUAUUGGAGGUGUUUAUACGGAAGGUGCUGCCCCGUUGUUGAUUGUCUUUGAAAGCAUCGACUCGCGAGUGCAUUCGCUGCUGCUCUCCUACAGUCGACGUGCCAACAGCUGAUCGCAGUCCGAAAAGUGCAGUACACGUCAUGUAAUAGGAAGCUAAUACAUGUGUUUGAUUUGUUGAUGUUUACUUUUUUAGGUGCACGCUAAAAAGUAAACAUCGUGGCUGCGCUCUGAAAAGAACGGUUUCUUUUGUCGCUAUUUGAAUUUGAUCAAAUAUAGUGUAUGAUACUCUUUGGUUCUUUCGGUAAAGAACCAAAGAGUAUGGAUUCCUGCAGUCACGAAAGCUUCAAAUCAAUAUAGCCUAUGAUAUGCGCUAGAUUCUCUGAUGAGUGUAACACAAAAGAUUUGUAUAACAUUGGCACAAAUUCCCAGUGGUAAUCUUUGCGGUCCCUGAGAAAGGACUCGCAGACAGAACACGUUCCCCAACUGAUGCAGCCCCAUCAUCCCAAUAAUACAUGCACGCACACGUACACGCUUGAUGAAUGGCAACAGGUUACUGUGCCUGCAGGGGAGGGAUGCCUCAGAAACACUUAAAUCAUUAUCGAUUGAGCAGUACAAUUGUUGAUGUUAACAACGGAGGUUUUUUUUUUACAAGUGGAACUCACGAUUCAACCGAGUCCCGUUUUGCACACCUGUUUGGAACCCAUGUGCUUCUCACGAUGCCUACGUAACGCACACGGUCGCCGCUUGGUCACGUAAUGUUGUCGUCUUGGCAUUUCAUGCUUCUGAAGCUUGACGUGUAUACGUCUUCGGCUCGUAGCAGUCUGGAUGCUGCCGUGGUAUAAUGGUUAGCGCACGACCCAGAGGGGGUCGCCCGUUCGAUUCCAUCUGCCAGCGCGGUAGUUGAAACUCGCGCUAAAAUCGGCAUCAUUAUAUGAAGUGUCACCCACUGCUCUGUUUUUGUCUUUGCCGAGACCUCCAACGAUAAUUAGGAAUAGGACUAAUGCAAAUAAUUCCCCAUCUGGUUGAUAUAUUAUUAAUUUGGGGUGUAAUAGGUUGCAGGACAUGCAAUGGAAUGCGAUGCCAUGAUAAAGUGCUCCCCCCAUCUAUUGCUGGGAGCACUUCUGUUGGUUCUGCAGUAUUUUAUAUCGUUGAACGCGUGUUUGUGAUGCAUUGAAAAGGAAGUGCUGCAGAUACUGUGGUGUGAGAGUGAAAUGUUACAUCUUUUUCAAUUAUGCCUACUGACACCACAUCAAGCGCCUGGAUCAUCUGUUUUGUUUGCAUUCAAUGAGAUUCAUGUACGCUCGGAAUGUCCCCCGAUUUGCCGAUAAUCUGGGAGGACAGAGCCUUGAUAGGAAACGUCAGACGAUCUGAAAAACUCGACGUCACGUCCACGCUCUUGCCGCCUAAAAGCAAUGCCACGUGGCAUGGUUGUGAGACGUCCCUAUCGGUAGCGGGAAUACUUGGUAUGUAAUAAGUAAAUGAUUGGAACAUUUGGAAAAGAUCUGAAAUUAUUCUUCAAUUUAAAUAAAAUGUGAAACUCAUCGCUCAUAUACAGGUUGGUUAAAGCAAAUAAGGUGACCAAUUAUUUACAUGUCACAAUAUUACCAAGAUAAAUUCAAUUUAACGUCCUAUCCCUCUAACAGCAGAUUAUGUGCACCCGUUGUAUAUUUUUUACGCAUCCAACUAUUCCUCAGCAUUCGGCGUCAUCUAAACAGCCAAUGUGUGGGUCAUACUUCUCCAAGCAAGCGUUAGCUUCAAACUGUGCCUCGUAUUUCCCCGUGAGAUUAUUCUAAAUCUGUGUUUGUGCCCAUUUUGCGCAAUCGUGGUGAAAUAUUGUCUGCGGGCUAUAAAUGCCGCUGCAAAUCCUCAAUCUCGGUAACAUAAAUUAUUAUUAGAUAAUAUUAUUAUCUAAUAAUAAUUUACUGCCAUUGCCUUCCCAAUGCAGCCGCGAUUCAUACAACAGCGGUGCGUGCACGCGUUGACUUUAUUAAUCUGCAAAAAACAAACCCGUUGCUUUCACGCAGUAAAACACUUUGUUCAUCGCUUCAUUUAAAAACGGGCAGCAGAGUUUUUUUUUGCAGUCGCUGCAGCAAAAAAAAACCACGUGCGAAAAUGCUCUGCGUUAUCAUUCACCGUACCGUAAUAAUGAGAGCCUUGCCCAACCCAGGUGUUAAACUGAAACAUCACUUCAUCAUCACGAAUAUCCUGCCUUUUCGCCUGCAGAACUACAUUAUUUGGCCUUUAGGAAGGGUGCAUUAACAUAUUAAUGGCAUCUUGCUCAUCGGUAAGACUCCAUUUCAAUUCCAUGGUUUCGGAAGGCAUAUUGUCCUUGGUGUAAUCGUGAGUCAGCUCGGUGGGGUGGGGGGCAGUUUGUUAUGUUGGCUCACUUCCAAUGAUGGGACGAGAGUGUGCAUGUGCACACAGCCCCAUCGGUGAGCUCCUCCGGCUGCAUUGACUGGGUCAUGUAGCCCGCAUGCCCAGCCACAGAAUGCUAAAAUAAGCUUCUGCUUGUCUGAAUGGAGAGGGAUAAACGGACGUGGCACGGGCUAGAGAAGAGAUGAACUGAUACGGUACAGAAGGACGUGGAUCUGAUUGGACUUGCCGAUGGCUGGUACCAGCCAUGUCAAGAUCAGCCUCUGUGGAGGACGUUGCUCCUGGGCAGUUGGAGGCAGUCGCCCUCCAGCAACAACAACGGGGGGCGGAGGAGCGGCGCUCACAACAACGAGGUGGCACAGCGGGGAGCAGAGGUGGUGCAUCCGCCAGUCAUCGCAAAGUCAGUCAACCCACGGCACCUGGGUCUUGUCCCGUGACCUCCUGCCAGCAGCGAGCCUUGGACACUUCACGUGGCCUCUUGGUGCACCGAGCCUGGCCCAAGCGCCGUGGUGACGCCACCGCCCCUUCAGUGGCCAACGGCGGCUGUUGUUGCCGUUCUUGGGACAAUUGGCACACGGAGUGCGACCGGCGCGUACUGAAGGCAAAGGAAAAUGAGAACAACAGAACAAAUGGCAAAGGAAGCGACGGAGAACAACGCCAACAACACACUUGUUGUUUACGCAAAGAGCUUUGCACUACAAGGCCGUCGCAUAUUUGCAAUACACCCGACUGUUGUAACACACCCGGUCAUGUCUGAAAUAUGUUUUUUUGGUCACCGCAUUUGACCAUCCGUCUAAUUUAUUGUGUCGGUGGGUUCCACAAAAGUAACGGCGUGUAUCGCAUAAUGUUGUCUUUUGGCUACGCCUUCUUCAUGUGGCUUUGUUUCGCUCUGAGACUGAACUAUUGUACACAGACACACACACGUUUAACGUACUCCCGUUGUGCAGUUGUAUAUUAAUGUACAUAUGGUUUUUUUGAGAAGUGUCAAGUAUGCUAAUGUUUAGAAGGUCCUUGCCCCGGAAGGGAGUGAGUGUGCCAUUGGACAUGCUGGUUAUUACCUCUGAGGACCAAAUUGUGCCGAUAAUUGAUCCGUCUCGCCUGCAGGAAAAAAAACAACAAAGACGUGUUUACACCAACUGCAGCUUCUGUUUAUUGUGUAUAAUUAGAAUAAGUGUUGCAAAAAACAUGGACACUUUGUACAUAUGCUGUGUUUAUUGUUGUUACAUGUUGUCGAGUGUAAAUACAAUUUGACAGCUGCUGGAAAUGUUGGUUUUUGUAACAAUCAUGCUGCUUAAACAGUGA